GCUAGUUAAGUGCAUGAGAAAGCACAUGACAUCUAGUAGCAUAAAAAAGUGAUUUAAAGCGGCAUACACCACAAUUAAUAUAAAGAUUAAUCUUAGAAGUCGUCAGGUUUAGACAAUCUAAAACAAGCAUUGAGCUUUUCAUUCGUGUCCAACUUCGUUGAGACAACACAGUGGCGUCAGUUGGCUUAAAAUUGAGGAGUACUUCAUCGGGGGGUCGUGAGGUGGCCAUCGUGUUCCGGUGCGAGUUUCUUGACCGAUGAAACUAGAGAAAGCUGUUUUGUUUGAUUAAAACAGCCUUUCUCACUCUGCUUUAAGUCAAAAGUUACAGUUGACUGAGUGUCCCUCUGCGCAUGGUGCCUGAUGGGCGGCUGGUCGCGAACUGCGGUGUUGGAGCUGUACAGAGCACUGCUCCGGGCGGGACGCCACCUUCAGUACACGGACCGCAACUACUACAGGCGUGCCGUGUCCCGCGAGUUCCGCCGCUGCCAGGCCCUGUCCACGCAGCAGGACAGAGAGGAGGCACUGAAGAGGGGCCAGUUCUUCCUCAGCAGUCGCCUGGGAGGCCUGGUCUAGUAUCAUUGGGGGAACCACACACAUCCUAGACUGGACUGUUCCGGGCAUCCAGUGUUGGACUAGCAACAG